GCGGGGCGGUGCAGCCGGAGCCCGGGGCUCACACUCGGCCCGGCCCGGGCCCCAGCAUGGCCGAGCCGCUGCUUAGGAAAACCUUCUCCCGCCUGCGGGGUCGAGAGAAACUUCCUCGCAAAAAGUCAGACGCCAAAGAGCGCGGUCGCCCAGCCCAAUGCCCAGAGCCCAGCCCUCCAGAGCUAAAGCCCCAGGCCCCCGAAGGGUCCCAGGCUGGAGUAGAGAGGCCCCCCAGCCCUGAGGCCUCACGGAGCCCUGCACGAGGUGCCUACCUGCAAAGUCUGGAACCCAGCAGCCGCCGAUGGGUGCUAGGUGGGACCAAGUCACCUGAGGAGGCCUCUUUGGGACCUGGGGCUCCUGGCAGUGGAGAGCCUGCAGGCGAGAUCUGGUACAACCCCAUCCCUGAAGAAGACCCCAGACCCCCAGCACCUGAGCCCCGAGGACCACAGCCAGGCUCCACUGAGCCAGAAGGCCCAGCCCCCCAAGGUGCAGCCCCUGCCAGCCCCCCAACCAAAGCCUCCCGCACCAAGUCCCCAGGCCCUGCCAGACGCCUCUCCAUGAAGAUGAAGAAAUUGCCUGAGCUGAGGCGCCGUCUAAGCCUGCGAGGACCCCGGGCUGGCCGAGAACGUGACAGGGCUGCCCCUGCAGGCUCUGUCAUCAGCCGUUACCAUCUGGACAGCAGUGUGGGAGGACCCGGGCAGGCAGGGGUGGUUGGAGGCACCCGGAGCCUGAGGACUGGCUACCUCAGUGAUGGGGACUCACCUGAGCGCCCAGCAGGACCCCCAUCACCCACUGCCUUCCGGCCCUAUGAGGUGGGCCCAGCAGCCCGGGCACCCCCAGCUGCACUCUGGGGCCGCCUCAGCCUGCACCUGUACGGGCUGGGGGGCCUGCGACCAGCACCAGGAGCUACUCCAAGAGACCUGUGCUGCCUGCUGCAAGUGGAUGGGGUGGCCAGGGCCCGGACAGGGCCACUUCGAGGGGGACCAGACUUCCUGAGGCUGGACCACACCUUCCACCUGGAGCUUGAGGCUGCCCGGCUACUGCGAGCCCUAGUGCUGGCAUGGGAUCCUGGUGUGAGGCGGCACCGGCCCUGUGCCCAGGGUAUUGUGCUGCUCCCUACAGUCUUCCGAGGGUGUCAGGCCCAACAGCUGGCUGUGCGCCUGGAACCCCAGGGGCUGCUAUAUGCCAAGCUGACACUUUCGGAGCAGCAGGAAGAACCUGCAACAGCUGAGCCCCGAGUCUUUGGGCUGCCCCUGCCGCUGCUGGUAGAGCGGGAGCAGCCCCCAGGCCAGGUGCCCCUCAUCAUCCAGAAGUGUGUUAGGCAGAUUGAGCGCCGAGGGCUUCGGGUUGUAGGGCUGUACCGUCUGUGCGGCUCAGCAGCAGUGAAGAAAGAGCUUCGAGAUGCCUUUGAGCGGGACAGUGCAGCUGUCUGUCUCUCUGAGGACCUAUACCCCGAUAUCAAUGUUAUAACUGGUCAGCAUGGCCCCCUCUCUCCUGCCUGCUCACCCACUUCAAUUCACUUUAAGGCUGGGCCUAUGAUCCCUUUGGGACCUCACACUUUUCUAACCUUGUUUUCACCAUCCUGCACCUAUCUGCUUCCUUUUCUUUCCCUCGGCCCCUCACUUCUGGCCUCAGAAGCCAGGGGUGCCCUGACCAGAAGCUCUGUGUCCACAGGCAUCCUCAAGGAUUAUCUCCGAGAGUUGCCUACUCCUCUCAUCACCCAGCCCCUUUAUCAGGUGGUGCUGGAGGCCAUGGCCGGAGGGCCCCCAAGCAGGGCUCCCCCAAGCCCUGAGGGCACCCGAGGGCUCCUCAGCUGCCUGCCGGAUGUGGAAAGGGCCACGCUGACGCUUCUCCUGGACCACCUUCGCCUCGUCUCCUCCUUCCAUGCCCACAACCGCAUGACUCCGCAGAACCUGGCUGUAUGCUUUGGGCCUGUGCUGCUGCCGGCGCGCCAGGAGCCCUCAAGACCUCGCGUCCGCAGCUGUGGCCCAGGUCUCGCCAGUGCAGUGGACUUCAAGCGCCACAUCGAGGUGCUGCACUACCUGUUGCAGUCUUGGCCAGAUCCCCGCCGGCCCCUCGAAGCUCCCGACGUCGCGCCGUACUUGAGGCCCAAACGACAGCCGCCGCUGCACUUGCCAUUAGCGGGCCCCGGAGUGGUGACUCGGUCCCGUGGCCAGGGAGGUCCCGAGAGCCCCCAGAGUAACCGCUACGCCGGCGACUGGAGCGUUUGCGGGCGGGACUUCCUGUCCUGCGGGCGGGACUUCCUAUCUGGGCCCGACUACGACCACGUGACUGGCAGCGACAGCGAGGACGACGAGGAGACAGGCCAGCCGAGGGGUGCCGCCGACUUCGAAGACGACUUCGACGCGCCCUUCAACCCACACCUGAAUCUCAAAGAUUUUGAUGCCCUCAUUCUGGACCUGGAGAGAGAACUCUCCAAGCAGAUUAACGUGUGCCUCUGAGCCACCCUGUCACUAAGGACCGGGUUCCUGGUUGCUACGGAGGUGUAGUAACAACCGAGGAGGACCAUAUCUGUUUGCUCAGGCCGAGCUCCUGGUUGCUAGGGAGUUGUCAAGGGGCCAGGUUCCCUUUGCAGAGAAUCAUUCCCGGUUUCUGGUGUCCAGUAUUUUGGACACCAGUUGAGAAGGCCAGGGACUGCGGAUUUUGGGGACCAACGGUUGUAGCCAUCUUUCCUGAGCACCAAGGGCUUCUUUCGUUGCUAAAAGGCAGUUCUCCCGCUUGCGUGGCUGGCCUCUCUGGCCUCCCCAUGGCCAGGGAAAUACCAGUUACUGUGAGCAUCACCCUGGGAUGGUGAGACACCUCUAGUCAUCUUCUUGCUGCUGCCAACCAAAUCAGUAUUAGCUUUGAGCACUAUACUCUGUUUCUCCCUCCCUUGGAGGACCCAAGGACCAUCAUGAGGUACUGUUUUAGGAAGGGGGCAGACCCUAUCCUGGGCUCAGUGGAUAGGGGCUUAUAGAAAGAGAUCUGGUUUCCCCAACCUCUUUUCCAGGGAAGACCCCAUGAUUGACCUCCAGCCAGCAAAUGGAGAUAACAGAGUCUGCCCUUCCCCUCCCUGAUUUGAGCACCCCUGAAAAAAUUUGAGCACUUAACCCCUCCCUGCUGGAGGGGCCCCACCUGAAGCGUCAGGCUGGGGUUACUUUGGUACGGAACAUAUUUAUUGCCUCCAUGCAUUCUGUGUGUGUGUGACCAGUGUGCAUGGACACGUCUGGAGCAGAUGUGUGGGGCUCUUUAAGGGACCACAGAGGUGGGAAGAGU